UUUUUACAAUUUCAGCCCGAGUACUACAAGGACGCUCCACAUUUCCGACGCGUAGGAGACGGUCCUGAAUACAGACUAGAAAUACCAAGCGCUAAACUAGAUUUUACAGGCACUUAUUCAGUUAUUGCCACCAAUUGUCAUGGAGAAGUAAAAGCUGUAAUUUCAUUGCAAAUCUAUGCUAAAGAUAUCCUAAGGCAAAAAAUGGAGAAAGGAUCUAUAAGACAUGGAAAUGUUGAAACCCUUCCACACUUUAUAAGGCAUUUACGUAACUUACGCUGUUGUGAUGGUGACUCCAUAACUUUAGAAUGUCAUGUGGAGGGAUUACCAGAACCAUAUAUUAUUUGGGAAAAAGAUGGUCGAGUAUUGCCAAGUGAUAAAGAGUUUUCGAUGUCCUAUGAUGGUAUAAAAGCAACUCUAAGCAUACCUCGCGUUUACCCUGAAGACGAAGGAGAAUUCACAUGUGUUGCGAAAAAUAACUUAGGUCGUACGCUUUCCUCAGCUUGUAUUAUAGUCGAUGUACCAGAGGAAAAAGAAAAUAUGUUAAACAGACAAUUAUCCCGGCCAACUGGUUUGCUUUCAGCAAGCUCUACGCCAAUUUCAACUCCACGUUCCACACCAAAUAGAAGCUUUUCACCUAUGAGGCUUUCAUAUCGCAACUCAAGCAUUGAUAUUGGUAGCAGUGAACAAAGACGCUAUACUGCACAACAGCAGACAAUUUCAGCUCCUAAAUUUUUAGCUAUACCACAUAGUCGAGUUGUAGAAGAAGGUGAUAGUGUACGAUUUCAAUGUGCCAUUGCUGGUCAUCCAACUCCAUGGUCCACAUGGGACAAGGAUGGUAUGAUCGUAAUACCAACCACACGUAUAUCUGUGAAAGAAAUAGAUGAUCUACGUUUCUUAGAAAUCGAUGAGGUGACAUUUGAUGAUGCUGGCUUAUAUCGUAUAACUUUAGAAAAUGAUUAUGGUCGAAUAGAAGCUACGGCACGAUUGGAUGUUAUUUGCAGUAGGCGUUAUUCAAAAUCACCUUCUUCACGUAGUGUAAGAGCUUCGUCUUCACGACGAAAUGCUUAUAUACGCCGUCGAAUAAUGGGACCAUCCACUGCAAUUGGUGGGCGCAUGGCACUCGCUGCAGGUUUUAGAGGUUCUUCAGUUCCAGCAUGUAAAUUUUAUCAUAAUGAUUCUGAGCUUUUGGAGUCUAAUAGAGUUCAUAUCGAGGUUUUCUCAAACGAAGCAGUUCUUUUUAUUGACAAUUGCACAUAUGAUGAUAGUGGUACAUAUACAUGUAUUAUUGAAGGCGACCAUGAACCAAUAACAACUACAGUUGAUAUCAUUAUUCAUGACCAAAAAUUAAUAAAAUCGUUUUUACCUAAAGAACCCCGUAUUACAAAACAUUUGCCGGAAGAAACGCAAUCAGUUGAAAGAGAAACUAUUGAUCUUAGUUUUGAGUUUGAUUGCAGUUUACCAUAUAGUUAUGUUUGGACUCGUAAUGGAGAUGUCAUAAAUGAUAGUGAUGAUUUCAAUUAUAUUGAUCAUGGCAAUGGUAUACUAUGUUUACGUAUUCAUGAUGCAUUCGAUCUGGACUCUGGAAUUUAUGCUUGCAAAAUAACAACAAUUGAUGGUUAUAGUUGCUGCACUUCUGGUCAAUUAACAGUAUUUGAAAGCGUUGCUGAUGACACUCCAAUAUUACUUAAAACCCCACUCCCUGCAAUAGCAUACCUGGGCUCUAAGGCUUCGUUCUGUGCUAAAAUACAUUCGAGCGGUAAACAAAGACUACCUGUUGAAGCAAACUGGUACGUUUGUGGACGUAAAGUUACUGUGGCUGACUCACCUGAACUUACGUUUGAGUCUUCCGCCGCAAACGGUUUACAUGUGCUUCAUAUAAAUAACGCCAAACAUACCCAAAGUGGCGAGGUACAAUUCAGCGUCUCAUAUCCUGGCAAACCAACACACAUACGCACCUAUACGAGUCUUGUAGUGCUACCAACUGCAGCUGCCACAAAUGACUCUUCCACGGUGGAACAUAUAGAAUCAACAAUUUUGCCAAACGUUGAAUUGGAACCAACAGAUUUUCCACCUUAUAUAUUGUUGGGGCCAGAAGAUUGUACGGCACUUAUAGGUGGCAGCGUUAAACUCAGCAUAUCAUUUGAGUCGAGACCAAAGGCACAAAUAAAAUGGUUCAAAGCGAUCUCCACGGGCUAG